AUUCAAUUACCCACCACUAUGGCGCCCCGUAACAAACGCACUCGCGACGACCAAGAGGAGGCUCCGCGUAAGCGACCCGAAAUUGUUUCUGUAGAACUUGGAGGAGCAUCAGACGACGAUGUGGACGACGUUGACUUCGAUUCUUCUGACGAAGGGUCAGACGGAGAAGGGGCUGUCUCUUUGGCAACUAUGGGGAGAAAGGAGCUACUCUUGAGAGCCGAAGCUGCUGAAGAGGAAGACGCCGAGGAGGAGGGUAGCGAUAUAGAAGAGCAGGAGGAGGAGAACGAGGACGAGGACGAGGAGGAUAUAGAUCAAGGGGAAACACAGGAGGGUGUCCAAAAGAACAGUAAACCCGCAUUCAGGAAGAAUAAGCAACGGGUGUUACUACUAUCGUCUCGAGGGAUAACGGAAAGAUACCGGCACCUCCUGAAGGAUCUUGGUACUCUUAUGCCACACUCAAAGAAAGAGUCAAAACUGGACUCCAAGCAUCAACUCAACGUACUGAACGAGCUUGCCGAACUGAGCAAUUGCAAUAACUGCCUCUACUUUGAGAUCCGCAAGCACACGGAUUUGUAUAUGUGGAUGUCGAAGACUCCAAACGGACCUAGUGUUAAGUUUCAUGUGCAAAAUGUACACACUAUGGACGAACUGCGGAUGACAGGAAAUUGUCUCAAAGGAUCGCGACCAAUCUUGUCUUUUGAUAAGAACUUCGAUGACCAACCACAUUACCAACUUCUGAAAGAGAUGUUCACUCAGACAUUCGGGAGCCCGCGGACAUCGCGGAAGUUGAAGCCGUUUAUCGACCAUGUGCUAAGCUUUUCAAUCGCUGAUGACAAGAUAUGGUUCCGAAAUUAUCAGAUCGUUGAAAAGGCGGCUGAAAGAACGAAAGAGAAGGAAAUAUCCUUGAUUGAAAUAGGGCCACGGUUCGUCUUAAGCGUCAUGAGGGUGUUUGAUGGGAGCUUUGGAGGAUCUACUCUAUUUGAGAAUCGGGAAUUUGUGAGUCCUAACGAGAUUAGAAGGACCAGGAAGCAUGAAUUGUCACAGGAGUAUAGGAGACGGGUGGAGGCUGGUAAAAAGAAGGAGGAGAAGCAGCGGAAUAGUAAACUUCCGGAGGACCCAUUGGCCGAUGUAUUCAAAUAGCUUUGUUAGUGUGCAGGUGGUAGAAAAUGUCUCUAAGGACAAAUUCUCCCUCCAACCCACUACAGCCGGUUCUAAUUUACAAUUAGCCAGCCUGUCC